AUGGACAAAGAAUUAGAGGAAAGUUCUACAGUUUUGUUAGCUAUGGGAAUUGAAGUUGCAAAAACUGAAAUUCUGGAAAACAAGCAGCGUGCUGACAUGGCUUUAUCAGAGACCCAAAAGAUGGCAUUUGCAACUCAGAGAUGGGAACCCGUGAAGAGGCAAGGAAAACUGCCAAUGCAGCAUGAGAACGCGGUAGGAAGGACUGAUAGAACGCAGUUCUCAUUGGUGAUGGGUGUCUUCAUAGGAUUGAAUGAAGCUAGACUUUCCUUUCAUUACUAUGAGACUACAUGUCCAGAUGUUGAAAACAUAGUGAGGCAAGAACUGACAAGUAUUUUUAUGAAUGAUGCAACAGCUCCGGCUUCCUUUCUAAGGCUUCUGUUCCAUGAUUGCCAAGUUCAGGGAUGUGAUGCAUCAAUCCUGCUUGACUUUGAUGAAAUUGGCAAGACGUCUGAAGCAAUUUCUUCCAAAAACUUUGGGAUCAAUAAGCGAGAAAUGAUAGACAGAAUAAAAUCUGUCGUAGAAAUGGUGUGUCCGGGACAGGUAUCUUGUGCAGAUAUCAUUGCUUUAGCAGCCAAGGAAUCUGUAUCCUUCUCGGGAGGACCUCGCAUUCAUAUCCCUUUUGGCAGAAAAGACUCCACAACCUGUAGUCACCGACAGGCUGAUAUUCGUCUUCCUACACCCGGUAUAAGCAUUGAUGAUUUUUUCAAUAUAUUCACGACCAAAGGAAUGAACCUUGAAGAAUCCGUCUCAAUGUUAGGUGCACACACACUUGGUGUUGGACACUGCCUAAACAUUGUGGAAAGAUUGUAUGAUCCAAAACCAGAUGACUGGAUGGACUUCAGGUUUGGAGCUCAAUUAAGAUUCAACUGCCCCAAUCCAUUUCCUCUAACAAACCUUGCAUUGGUGCCCAAUGACAUAACCCCAUUUACAUUUGAUAACCAGUACUACACAGAUGUUCUGAUGGGCAGAGGCUUGUUUGUCAUUGAUUCCAACAUUUCCAGAGACCCUCGCACUGCACCCAUUGUCGGAAAAUUCGCGGCUGAUCAGAAUUACUUCUUCCAAGUUUUCUCCUCCGCGUUUAUAAAACUCUCUGUCACCAAUGUUCUUACUGGAAAGAAUGGUGAGGUGAGGAGGCAAUGUAACAGAGUAAACUCAGAUCUCUGA